AUGGAAGCUGAGGCCUUUGAAAGCCUUUGUGAAGGCAAGUACGAUUCCAGUAGCGACGAUUUCGAGGGUUUUGUCGAUGACACGGUCGAUGAAGAACUUUGCUAUGCCUCUGAAAACAUACCCAGGUAUUUGGCAGAAAUUGGUGCAUUAUGUAUCAUCAAUGGUGAAAACGAGCCCAUUACUCUAAGCAGUAUGUAUGAAAAGAUUGCAGGGGACACGAACAAGCUCGGAUUCUCUUGGGAGUUUUUUGAAGCCUAUCGGCAUUUGAAGCUUUUAGGCUAUGUCGUGGGGCGCCAUGCUGUCCCUUGGUCUAUGAAGAGUGUAAAAUCACGAGAAAGUACAAUCGAACUGGACAUCACUAAAAUGCUUGAUAAGUUGCAUUUUGGUGAAGCAAGACCAAUAUUUGAUGUUUAUCCUCCUAAUAGCAAGUUUAGAAAGUCUUCUCCUGGAAAUCCAUUGUUCGUGCUCUGCUUUACAGGGGACCGACCGCCAUCCAAACUAGAAAUCGAGAACCUUGAGGCACGUUGCAAUGGGAGUCCCGUGAAGUUCUGUGUUGUUGAGCAUGGACAGGUUAGUUUCAUGUCCUUCACAAAAGUCGAGCUGCCUGUCCUCCCGUGA